ACACACACACACACACACACACACACACACACACACACACACACACAUUCUUAGGCUCCAUUCUCCCCUCCUGCCUCUCCAUGCCCUCCUCCCUGUGUGCCGGGGAGAAUUCCUCAUCCAAACCUCAAUCACGUAUGAUUGCGUAGAGGGAAAGGGCGGGAGAGAGUGAGAGCCGCGAGCCCAUACACGCGCUUGCUUGUCGGCGAGAGCACAUACGCAUGGAACUAAUUGGAAAUAGUCCUCCAGACAAUUCGUUGGUAUGCAAUAAGAAAAUGGGGAGUUUUGGGGAAACAUCUUUAAAUCCACCUACGGACAUUAAUACCAACCACUAGCUUUGUUUCUUGUCGUAAAGCCAAUUACCAUGUGGCUGCUGCAUUCUCUCAGACCGUUUUAUUUCCCUGCCAGCGCUCGGAGGUUCUGGUAGAGGGACUAACGCGCCGGCACAGAUGUUUGUGGUGGCGAUCAGGUGCAGCAGCCGAAUGGACCGCCGCCUACUCCUCGACGUUGUCUUCGGCUUAAUACAUUGAAAAGUUACGGUCCUUUUGCGUCCACGCAGCUUUCGAGGAAAUUGUUUACGGUGAAGUUUAAGGUUUCGCGAAUGCAUUACGGUCCUGGAUAUUUGACCGCUCAGCGACAUUCCGUGCAAAUGAGGAUUAUACAGAGGAGACAGUCCAGCUUGUCGGACGUGGCGCUAUUCACCUGGAAUACCUGAGACUCCGUUUUUGCGCACGCACGCUCCAACAAUACUCGAACUUAUUUACCACUGCACAUUUUUUGAACGGACUAUAUUUCUAGCCAUGCUUGUCCGUGAAUUGGCUGCAGAUAUUUUAUGAUAUAACGUUAUUUGAGCUUUCCAUGUCAGAAAUUGGCAACCACAGGCUAACUCAUCGUUCCCCAAGAGUAUGCUGUCUAAAUACGGAUGAUGCGCGGGACUUAGUGGAUUUUCUAAGGGGGCUCAUAAUGACAUUUGGCUAAAGCUGCGUGGACCGUCAGCUAUUUUCCCCCCGGUUCUUUCUGAGCUUAACAGCAGUAGGCUACACCAAUCGAUCUCUGUUCCGCGACUCUAGGUUCGGUUCGGCUUGCCCGCAAGGGAGAUGGCCGCAAUCGCUAGCUCCUUGAUCCGUCAGAAACGCCAGGCGAGGGAGUCAAAUAGCGACCGGGUUUCCACAACUAAACGCCGUCCAAGCCCCAGCAAAGAUCCCCGUUCCAUAUGCGAGCGGCAUUUUUUGGGGGUCUUCAGCAAAGUCCGUUUCUGCAGCGGCAAGAAAAGACCAGCCGCGCGGCGGCGACCAGACGCGCCGCCCAAACCUCCACAGGUGUCCCGUAAGGGCGGCAGGCUAGAGCCGCAGCUGAAGGGCAUCGUGACGCGUCUGUUCAGCCAGCAGGGCUUCUACCUGCAGAUGCAGCCGGACGGCGCCAUCGAUGGCACCAAGGACGAGAACAGCGACUACACCCUGUUUAAUCUGAUUCCUGUGGGUCUGAGGGUGGUGGCCAUCCAAGGGGUGAAGGCCGGCCUCUACAUUGGCAUGAAUGGAGAAGGAUUCCUCUACAGCUCAGAAAUGUUCACGCCGGAGUGCAAGUUUAAGGAGUCGGUGUUUGAGAAUUACUACGUGAUCUACUCGUCUACCGUGUACCGGCAGCAGGAGUCCGGCCGGGCCUGGUUCCUCGGCCUCACCAAGGAGGGCCAGGUCAUGAAGGGGAACAGGGUCAAGAAGACCAAGCCCUCCUCACACUUUGUCCCCAGGCCUAUUGAAGUGUGUAUGUACAGGGAGCCGUCGCUGCAUGAGAUCGAGGAGAAACAGCGCUCCAGGAAGAGCUCAGGGACUCCCACUAUGAACGGAGGGAAAGCUGUUAACCAGAACUCAUAGCGGCCCGGUCCCGCCCCCUCUCCUUAUAUGGAGGUGGGAGGGGCCAGAGACCCUCCUCAAUACCAUGCCCACUGAAGGGAUUGGACCGCAGUGAGGGGGAGGAGCUACACCCAAGACUGAACUUGCCUGUGAAAAUCUUUUAGACGAACAUUAAGAAAAACCCAGAGGAAAACCACAAAAAAAUGGCGACGAACAUUUUCAAUCAGGAAUUGACCAACGUUUUAUGCAAAAAUAGAAAAAAAAGCUGUGACAAAGGAAUGGUGGUCUCUUCACAAUACAAAUAUCUAUCGUUUUCCAAUUCAUGCUGUGAACAAUUAGCUUUAAAGACAUGUUCGAUUUCCCAUGCAUUGAGUUAAUGAAUGCUAUGGCAUCCUCACAUGCUUUAUUGUGUUACUGUUGUCCAAUAAUAACAAUAUUACUUAUGUGUUGAUGACUAAUCAUCACAAUUUAGUAUCAUAGUUAUUUAGUUUUUCGUUUUGACUGUAGAUGUUUUCUUUCUUCUUUUUUUUUAAUUGCUUGACACUUUCACACUGUAUAUUGUACACUGGUGUGAGAGUCAAUAUUGAAUGUAAACGAUAGCUUUCCGAUGGCCUCAGAGGGAAAAGAAACGGGUGGAUAGGAUGAAGGCUUGCUCAGGUCAUAAACUGUCGGCUCUGUAUAAGUUGGGUAGAUUUCAUUACUCGCAUUUUGAUUGGCUGUUAUGACGUGACCGAACAGCUAAAAGCAAUAUGGUGGCUCCUCCACCACGUAUCGCGGUGGGCCUCUGCGGAGUCACGGUGCGUUCGAGGGCUUUGGAAAAUAAUAGUGGAAGAUAACCGGCAGAACGACACUUCCACUGGGAGAUACGAGAUUCCCGAGGAUCAUAUUAACCCACCUUUACCCUGAAAACAAUCCAGUCCUGUCACUUGGUCAAAAGAGGGAAAAUUGACAGGAAAGGAUAGCCUUAUAGAGGUGUCAACACUCUAGCGGAGUGGUUGUAGCCAGCAGGAAAACCAUCUGACAGCGCUUCAGUUAGUUUUUGUUCAGUUGUGCCAGCACCACCAAAGGUAAUUUCUCUCUGUCAAGAAGUGGGUCAGCCAAUGCCGUGGGGAAAAUUAGAAAUUCUAUCUGAAAAUCAAAGGGAUACUUGCAUCUACCAAACAAUGCCCCUGUCACAUUACUUGGAGUGGGUCCACUUCAUCGCCGUAUGAGCUUUGACAAAGACUUUGUUCGAAGUGCGUCUGAGAAUAGCUUUAGGUCUCAACAAAGAAAUCACCGGUCUGCAGGUCCGCCUGGAGCGGAGAGGAUUGGGAGGGUUGUUCACUGGUACGGACCAGAAUAUAAGGUUAUGUAUCUGGCAGGUCUUGCCGAUCGGCCAAGUAUUUGUUCUAAUACUCUUGAGAAGCUUCCUUUCCUUGUGUCCUACUAAUUGUUGUUACGUGGGCUGCGGCGUGUUAGUUUAACACCUUUGUAUCUAUCUUUAUUAUGGAACGGAAACAAAUGAAGAUAGCAUUUUAAGAGAAAUCCAGAAUGACCAAUCACAAAGCAACAGGAAGCAGCCCAGCCAUCCGAAACCAAUGGAGAAAACGUUUGGAAUGCCGGCAGGUGCAUUUUGCCCUGAUAGUCUGUAAAUAUUUCCCUGUUUUAUAUUUCCAGGCUUCCAUCUCAGUAGGUUUUGUGACCCAUGAAAUUUGUCGUUUGAUGCAUUGUGAAAACAUGCCCCCUGUCAUUUCAUAAAUCAAAUGUAGGUGAAUUGCUGUAUAUACGAGGAAGAAAACUGGCAAGACCUGAAGGAACCCUGACCCCCGAACCCCCCCCCGACCACCACUGUCACCAAGAUUGAGAAGUUACCCUCGGAGGAGCAAUCCAGUGAUCCUAUUAUUUGUCUAACUCAGGAAGUCCCACUCCGAUCUAUUGAACGGAGUCCGACAACAAGGCAGGCCACCUUUGCCCAGCGCCCAAUGCACAAAGCCUGGCCAAAGGCAUGGUCUCGGGGGUGUUGGGUUCAUGGGUGUUGGUGUCACCAAAAUGGGGAGGGGGUUUUGUGGUCUGGCCAGGGCGUGAGGUGGGGGAUGUCAUGGUAUCAUGCUAGACAUGGUCCCGCACUGAUUUUGGCUGGUUUUGGCAAAAGACAAGCACAGCUCUGAGCCGCUGGGCUUAACAAAGGUCUAUUCACAAGUCUUCCACCAGGGACCGUAGAGAGCCGGGUCUCGGUUCUGCCGUAGUUGAGCCGGGUACAGGUAUACCAAAGGCACAGACCUAGGGUCAGCUCUCUCAGUUCUAACCUUAACCAACCCAAAACUGCCCUCAGAUCAGCAUGUACAGGCCACGUUAUGCAAGAUGUCAGACAGGGGCUCAAUUGGCUGUUGGGGGGGAGGGGGUUGAAAGUAGAAAGCAACCAAGCGAUGCAAGAAACAUGAAAGUACUUCACAUAACCUGCUGUUAGAGAGCAACAGAAAAGGGAGGUUUAUAAAAUGAAGAGGUCAAGUAAGGAGAUGGGAGUUAAUGCAGAGGGACACAAUGUAAAAGGUCAAGGGUCAGUGCAGAUAAUGAAUACUGUGUUAAGGGAUUUUAUGGUUAUUUUUUUGGUUUGCGAAUGAUUUCACCGUAACUGGAACACAUCCAUAUAUGCGUUAUGAAUUGUGAGAUGAAAAAAAAUAAAAAAUGCAUUGAUAUUUAAAAUCAGAAUGAAGUUAGUGAUUGUUUAAGAAAAUAAAAAUACAUUAUCAAAAGCUUUCACCUUU